UUCAACUCCUUGACAAUUAAAUAUAUUUUUUUUAAAGAUUACAAUUAAAUUAAAGAUUGUAAAUUUUCUAAAAUAACAAAUUCCAUUUCAAAAAUUAAUUUAUUCCUUAAAUAUAUACACAUAUAUAUAAAUAUAUACAUAAAUAUAUGUAAUUAAAGUGAGUUGAAAUUGUGAUUUUAUUUAGAUCAAUACUUAAGUGUUAAAGGUUAUUUAAUUGUUAGUGAUAAAAAUACAUAUUAUCAUUAUUAUUAUUAUUGAUAAUAGCGAGAGCAAUAGCUGAGUGUCUGAAUCUUAAUAAAUUAAAAUGUUAUCAAUAGUUACUUGUUUUUUAUAACUAGUUUAAAUUAAUGCAAAAGGUACCUGGUGAUUGGAAUAUUUUUUUACUGCCUGUGUAAAUAAAAUCUUUCAAGAUUGAUAAGAAGGGGAAGGUGUUAGAGAUGGAUGUGGGAGUUGUUAAGAUUGCGGAGGAUAAAGAUUUUGAAAAAUUAAAAAAAUUGUAUGAUGAUAAUAAUGAUUGGAAGCUGGAUUAUAAUAAACCGGACUUGUCUGUGUGGACUAAACAUGUGCCGGGAAUUAGUUUUAAGAUGAUUAAGAUAAGAACAAGAUACCCUGAUGUUGAACCAGAAACACUGUACGAUGUGUUACAUGAUCCGGAGUAUCGAAAAGUAUGGGAUACACACAUGAUUGAGUCCAGAGACAUUGGAUUUUUUAAUCCUAAUAACGAUAUCGGUUAUUAUUCAAUGGCCUGUAUAUCACCAUUAAAAAAUCGUGACUUCAUUUUACAAAGAUCCUGGUUAGACACUGGGAGAGAACAACUUAUUAUUAAUCAUUCAGUGUAUCAUAAAGAUCAUCCACCGCGAAAACAUUUUGUACGAGCUACCUCUUAUUUAACAGGAUAUGUCGUAAGACCGUCACGCAAUGGAGAUGGUGUAGAACUAGGAUACGUUUCUCAUACAGAUCCUCAUGGUAAAUUACCAGUAUGGCUUGUAAAUAAAAUUACACAAAUAUUUGCACCAAAGAUGGUUAAAAAAUUACACAAAGCAGCAGUCGCUUAUCCGGAAUGGAAAAAAACCCACAAUCCAAAUCACAAACCCUGGCAUUAUCCCGAACAGAUAAUGGCGCCCAGAAUACGCGUUGAAGAUUGUAUAAAAUCAGUUGAAGAAAAAAAUAUGAAAAAUAGUUACGUUGAUGAGUCACAUUUAAAAGAUCAAUUAGCGAAAGAAAUGAUGAUUAUGGACAGUGAUUAAUUGAUUUUAUUUUACAAUUAAUUAAUCAUAUUAACUUGUUAUUUAUUAUGAUUAUCUAGCAAUCAUAAACAAAAAAAAAUUAAGAAAAAUAGAAUGCAGUAUUA